CUUUAGCAAGUCAAUGACUUAUAAUUUUGUUGGUCUUAUUCUAGCUAACGGAUAUCGACGGGUAUGUUAUUAUACAAACUGGUCCCAAUACAGGCAUGCACCAUGCAAAUUUGUUCCAGCAAAUGUGGACCCCACACUCUGUACCCAUAUCAUUUUUUCAUUUGCCAAACUGACUGGUAAUCACUUGGCACCGUUUGAAUGGAAUGAUGAGAGCACUGCAACGGCUAAAGGAAUGUAUGAGCGUAUUAACGACCUCAAACAGCAAAAUCCUUCUCUAAAGACUCUGUUAGCCGUGGGAGGAUGGAAACUGGGAUCCGCUCCUUUUACAAGUAUGGUAGCAACGGACGCAAGCAGGAGGGAAUUCGCCACAUCAACUGUCCAGUACCUCAAAAAGAACGGUUUUGACGGUCUAGACAUAGACUGGGAAUACCCUGCCCACAGAGGGAGUCCUCCCCAAGAUAAAGCUCACUUCACGGAACUUCUAAAGGUUCUCCAUGAAACUUUUGCGUCGGAGGGUCUCCUGUUAACCGUUGCUGUAGCUAGUAGUAAGAGUACAAUCGACACAGCAUAUGACGUCCCCGGCAUUUCAAAAUAUGUAGACGGGAUAAAUCUAAUGACGUACGACCUCCAUGGAGCAGGGUUUGAGACUAAAACUGGACAUACCGCUCCACUGAAAAGCCUUCCAUCAGAAACUGGAACAGAUCGAACACUCAAUGUCGAAUAUGCGGUAAAUUACUGGAUACAAAAAGGAGCACCUGCUGAAAAAAUAAACAUGGGAAUGCCUAUGUAUGGAAAUUCUUACACACUUGCUAAUGCAAAUAAUAAUGGAGUGUUUGCUCCCGACCAAGGUAAUGGUGGAAAGGCUGGACCAUGUACCCAGCAAUCUGGGAUGUUGGCUUAUUAUGAGAUCUGCGACAUGCUAAAGAAUGGAGGUACCCGACACUGGGUUAACGGAUGGGAGAUUCCGUAUGUCGUCAAGGGAGAUCAAUGGGUCGGCUACGAUGACCCAGAAAGCUUAAAGCACAAGGUAGAUUUCGUGAAGAGCAAAGGAUUAGGUGGAACCAUGGUCUGGUCCAUUGACUUAGACGAUUUCACUGGUAGUUGUGGAGAAGGAAAAUACCCCUUGCUUCAUGCUAUCAAGGACGAGUUGAUGGCCGGACAAACCCCACAGGUAACAACUGCUUCAACAAUGCAACCUUCAACUACUUCAAGCACCAUGAAAACUCAGUCAGUAAAAACUACCCUACCAACUAACCAGAAAACCACGCCUAAUUCAGCACAAAGCCAAACCACACAUCACAUUGGUUUGACUAAUCGUUUUGAUUGUACUGGAAAAGCGACAGGAUUCUAUGCUGAUCCAAAUUCUUGUUCAAAUUACUUCAUUUGUGCUGGUUCCCAGAGCUUAGAAGUUACUUGUGCAUCUGGUCUUUUAUUUAAUGACGUUACCAAAUUUUGUGAUUUGCCAAACAAUGUUAAUUGCAAUGGUCAACAGCAAGUGACGAAAUCCACCAUGAAACCCCAACCUCCCUCUUCCAGCACGACACAAAGUACACAACAAAUGACCACCACUACAACCAUGGCUCCAUCUUCUUCUACCAGCAUGCCACAAAGUACUCAAAACAUGAUGAAGACCACCACAAUGAAGGUUCCAUCUUCCUCUACCAACACACCACAAAGUUCUCAGCAAGUAUCUAGCAGAAAGCCACAAAGUACACAACAGAGUACAACGACUCCAACCAUGGCUCCAUCUUCAACCACCACGACACAGAGUACAACGACUCCAUCCAAGGCUCCGUCUUCAACCACCACGACCUCAACCACCACGACUACGACCAAGCCUCCAACUUCAACCACCACCACACAGAGUACAACAACUACAACCAAGGCUCCAACUUCAACCACCACCACACAGAGUACAACAACUACAACCAAAGCUCCAACUACAACCACCACCACACAGAGUACAACAACUACAACCAAGGCUCCAACUUCAACCACCACCACACAGAGUACAACAACUACAACCAAGGCUCCAACUACAACCACCACCACCACACAGAGUACUCAUACCAAGGGCACCACUAAGGAUCCUCAUAACCACGUACCUGCAUUUUAUCCCAACCAAGCUGGCACCUUCUGCAGUAAACAUGGAUAUGGUAUACACGGCGAUCCUGACGACUGCGGGAUGUUUUAUCAAUGUGGACCAAACCUUGAAUAUCACGAGCAGUGCCCCCCAGGCACAGUCUUCAACAAAGCCAUUCAAAACUGUGAUCUCCCCUACAGGGUUCCGGAAUGUAAAAACUACCAACCUUAGACAGGGCACAAUUAUACAUGGCUCUACCUCAAUUUUUUGAAAGUUCUAUGCUUUCU